AUGACAUCCACUGACAAGGAAGCUAUGGAUCUAAGAGCUCAAAUCCAACAAUAUCUUGUGGAAUCUGGGAAUUAUGAACGCAUUUCUAAUAAACUAGCGCAAAGGCUGCUGGAUGAAGGUUGGAUGGAACAAGUAAAAAAAAUUACACGAGAGACGAUGGAGGAUGAUAAUACUACAAAUUUCUCAGAAGUGCUAAAGCGAGUUGAGCCAGAAGCUGUUAAUUUAGUUUCUUCAAAUACGAAGGAUGAGAUAAUGCAGCAAAUUAAAGCGUUUUUGUAUGACAUUGUGGAUACGCAGUGA